CUAGGAGUGGGACAACGAGGAUAAGGUACAACAGCAGAGCAAGAGAGCAACAGUGCGUCUCUUUAAACGGAGUAGUACCAACUGGAUUGGAAGCUUACAUUUAUUAAUGGAAGUACAACCCAAAGCUGCACACUUUGUCCUCAGCUUUACUUUCACUUGUCUUCUUCUUCUUCUUCUAUAGACAAAGGUACAAAGGUACACAUGGCGACAGUUGCAAGCAGCCAUAAAUUGAUCUGCACAGGCAAGAGAGAGCACGUAUCGUCAUAUCACGCAAUCACCUCGUUUAACCGAAGCCCACAAAAGGGAAAACUUUGCAUGAUUGCCAAAACAACGAAUUCGACUGAGAAACAUCUGAAUUCUUUAAAUUCUUAUCUCGUAAAACUCCGUAACGAUGCCAAGCAGCGUUCGUCCAAGAUUCUAAAUCAGAGGACAGAAUCGAUUGAUGAAAACGAUCGAGCCAAAGUAGAUAAUGGUCUGAGAUCUUUAGAGAAUUAUCUUGACAAAGUUAAAGUUGCAGAGUCAGAAAAAUACGUUGAAAAAGAUUUACUGGCAUCAAUAAACACUUCAGCCGAAAAGGACCAAGGAAGUGGAAGGGAGAGAUCGUUUGAAAAUUAUUAUAUGGAGUUAAAACCUGAGGUUGCCGAGGAAAAUAAAUCUGCUGAAGAAUCCUCGGAUUUCUACUUAAUAGGUGUAUUGGCUUCUAUAAACAUAGCAGUUUUUUUGUUCGAGAUAGCUACUCCGGUGAAGAACACUAAUUUGGAGUUAUUCUCACUCCCGAUGCUUUACGGAGCAAAGAUAAAUAACUUGAUUCUAACGGGAGAAUGGUGGAGGCUAGUCACACCUAUGUUUCUGCAUUCGGGGGUGUUUCACAUAGCCCUAGGUAGCUGGAUUCUCUUCACUUUUGGGCAUCAAGUAUCUCGACAGUAUGGCUCGUUCACUUUUCUAUUGAUAUAUAUUCUUGGUGGCAUUUCUGGUAAUUUGAUCAGCUUCCUCCACACGCCUGACCCAACUGUUGGUGGCACGGGACCGGUGUUUGCAAUAAUUGGUGCUUGGCUUAUCUACCAAGUUCAAAACAAAGAUGUUAUUGCAAGAGACGAUUCCUCGGAAAGAAUGUUUCAGAAUGCAAUCAUCGCAACAGCUCUGAGCUUCGUUCUCAGCACUUUUGGUCCAAUCGAUGACUGGGCCCACUUUGCCUCGGCUUUUGCCGGUGUAGCAUAUGGAUUUGUCACGUGUCCAACCCUACAAGUGAAGGAUGCAUCUCAAGAAACGGGUCGAGAAGAAAGAAUCACGCUCGUUAGACGAUACACAGAUCCAUGCAAGUCACUAAUGUACUUCUUUCUCUUCCUCUUAGUAUUGAGCUCUUUGCUUUUUGUUAUUGAACCUCCAAUUGAUCUGUGAGAGUAUAUGGAGUCGGUGUUUUUUUCUUCUUUUGUUCGUUUACACACAUCCAUGUGGGUGUGUGUGACAAAUGAAGAGUGAUCCAUCCACUAAGUGGUGUAUAUAGGUAACUAGCCAUCACAAUAAUCAGGAGAUAGUAAUUAUACGUUUUAUAUUGAAUGCAUUAUUAUUGUUAUAUAAUAAUAUAUAUCAUAUUUUUGCUA